AUGGCAAUCGUUCCAGGUCGGUGGGCAACUGUACUCGCCAAUCUCCUGGUGCCGCUGGGCAUUCUCACUUUUUCCACCGGGUUUUUCCCCUAUAAACCACUACUCCCGGGUCUAGCUAUUUUCGAUGAGACCGACUUCGAUGUCUCGCCAGUCUUUGACAAGGUUAUCUUUAUGGUGGUAGAUGCGCUAAGGAGUGAUUUUGUCUACUCAAAUGAUUCCGAGUUCUUGUUCACACAAAGUCUGAUUCGAGCGGGUGCUGUGCUGCCUUUUACUGCCCAUGCUAGUUCUCCGACGGUGACCAUGCCACGGUUGAAAGCAAUGACCACAGGGUCUGUCCCUUCGUUCCUGGACGUGAUCCUGAAUAUCGCCGAGUCAGAUACCACAUCGACUCUCGCAUAUCAGGACACCUGGCUCGCUCAGCUGAGGGCUCGAGGAGAUCGGCUUGUCAUGUAUGGCGAUGAUACGUGGCUUAAACUAUUCCCGGGGAUGUUCGAGCGAUCGGAUGGAACCACAAGCUUCUUUGUCUCUGACUUUGUGGAAGUAGAUCAAAACGUGACGCGCCAUGUUCCCACUGAGCUUGCGGAAAGCGAUUGGUCCGCCCUGGUCAUGCAUUACUUGGGUCUCGAUCACAUUGGCCACAAAGCAGGCCCGAGAAGCCCAUUCAUGGCAUCCAAGCAGCAGGAAAUGGAUGCUGUAGUGAAAGAUAUUUAUACGGCGAUGCAGCAAGAGCCACAUCUCCAGUCCACACUUUUCGUCUUGUGUGGCGAUCAUGGCAUGAAUGAUGCUGGGAACCAUGGGGGCUCAUCCGCGGGUGAAACGUCUCCCGCAUUAUUGUUCCUCUCGCCAAAGUUCGAAGCAAUGGGUCAUACGUUGGAAAGCCCCGUGGAAGCCUCCGACGAUUUCCAGUACUACCGGUCGGUUGAACAAGCAGAUAUCACUCCAACUCUAGCUGGCCUUCUCGGCCUACCGAUCCCGUUGAACAGCUUGGGGGUGUUUAUUCCCGAGUUUCUGAACUUGUGGGAAUCCGGUACGUAUCUGCUUCAUGGCGGAGGUAAACUGGCGGACCAUGCUGAAUACGAUUUCUCACCAGAGUCACAAAAACUAGACAUCUUACGUCGCAAUGCUCGGCAAUUACUAAAUACGGUCAAGGCUACUUUUCCAGGUGUUUCAUUCGACCCAGAGGACAUUGCCUCAAGCUGCUCCCAUGGUGCAGUCUCUGGUAUUGAAGGCGCUCAGUGUGCGUGGUCCCAGAUCCACCAACUUUCCCGUGUACCGUUGGGGGAGAAUGCAUUCGCCGUUCUCGGUCCCGCUUUACAGCGAUUCUCGCGCAAUGCGCAAGAUGUGAUGAGCAGCACUGCUAGUGACUAUAAUGUUUCCCGACUUGGUCUAGGGUUGUUGAUCACAGGCGUCGCGGCGUUGAUUGUUUUCCCAGCUGUGUACCAAGACUGUGCCCAAUCUGCUUACACGGGCGGGUUUCUAGCAUUCCUGGUGGUGGGGUAUGGUGGUAUGAUGUUUGCGAGUAGUUAUGUUGAAGAAGAGCAGCAGUUCUGGUAUUGGAUCUGCUCGGGGUGGAUUUUUUAUCUACACAUCAGAUCGACCCGCUCUCCGCGCACGCACCGCGGUGCAUUCAAUUGGAGCAGCAUAGCCACGCUGGGACUGAUCGUGUCCCAGCGGAUCCUUCGACGGUGGAAUCAAACUGGCCAAAAGUUUACGGCCGAGCCAGACAUCGCUCGCAGUUUCCUGCCUCGACAUCCUCUGUGUCUGUGGGCGUUGGUGAUCCUCACAUACGUCGAUGCCGGCAGGGGUCUGUUUCUGAGCUUGCCGACACGGUUCCUACGAGUGGCUGUCUUGGUCCUGCCAGCCCUGGCUUUCAUGUUCAAAUUGAGCUUUGUGGCAAAUGACUCGCCCGAACUGCUGGCCGACUCCUUUUUAUCAUGGACGGAAAAGUCGCUAGAUAUCAUGCCAUUGGUUUUACAGGCUAGACUCGUCUUUGGAGGGGUUGUAUGUUGUAUUCUUGUGGCAAUUGCCACGUCAAGUCGGUCGAAGACAGCGCCCGGAGCGUCUAACAAGCUUGCCCACGAGGCGCUUAAUUUGUUCCUGAUGACGCAGUCCAGAGCCACCAACAUUCCAGCCUUUCUUGUGUUUCGCAUCCAAGCCCUCAUUUUGGUCCCGAUGAAUUUGAGUGGGGUUGAGGUGACCGUUGUGACGCUAAUGAUGCAGUACAUGACUUUCUUUGCGUUUGGUGGAUCGAACGCGAUAUCUUCCGUGGAUUUGUCCAGCGCCUACAACGGAGUCGGCAGCUAUAGCGUGUUCAUGGUGGGACUUCUGACCUUUGUGAGCAACUGGGCAGGCCCCAUCUGGUGGGUUUCGAUGGGUCAUCUACUCCGAUCGCGAAAGAAUAUAGGAUCCCAUAAGCCGGCCGCGUUGCUCACUUUUCACACAGCUAUGUCCCUGGUCUCGGUGAUGGCGGCCUGUACGGCUUUGCGAACCCAUCUGUUCAUCUGGACCGUCUUCUCCCCGAAAUACCUGUAUUCCAUAGCGUGGGCAACGGCCAACCAUGUUCUGGUAAAUCUGCUCGGUGGAGUUGGCCUUGCUACUCUUUGGAAGCGAUAA